AUGCCGCGUCAACUUACAGCACAAGCUGCUCUGCUUCUGAGCCUGCUGGUUGGGCGUUCGGUGCAGCAGGAUGGCCAAGCUGGAGUAUACUGGCUGUUCCCGAAAACGAAUGAGAAGAUGACAUACCACCAUAAUGAUGUUGUCAACGUAACCUGGACAUCAUCAUUCGCCUCACCUAUCCUGAUAACUUAUUGUAGAGGAGCCAAUGGUAAAGGAGUUGACACGGCGAAACAGAUGGACGUGCCUGGGGGAAAUGCAUCGGUUCUAGUUGAGCUCGACUACACACAUGCAGAUACCGAUUGUUGGUUUGAUCUCAAACCAGACUUGGAGGGAGGAAAAGGAUCAAAUUCUCAGUCGUUUGCAUAUGUAUCCGAGGUUGGAGACGAAGCAACCAUCGGUCUACUCUCAACAAGCACUGCGAAAUCUUCUACCGAUAGCAGCAGCACCGCUACGACGGCGGCGACAAUAACGACACCAGCAAGCGCGGGAAGUAAUUCUCAAACCUCGGCGACGAGGACUAAUCUCCUGAUAACGUCUACGUCAUCUGCUACGUCAGUGCCAACCACGGCAGCAUCGGGCGAGGCGUCAAAUAGCUCAUCCGGGGGUUUAUCAGUGGGCGCACAAGCCGGAAUUGGAGUUGGAGUUGGUGUUGCAGCCAUUGGUAUCGGGGCUCUUGCUAUACUAAUGUGCGUGCGGAGACGAAGGAGAGGAAUCAUGACCGACGAAAAAUCCCAGCCACUGGAUUCAUCCCCAACGAUUACUGGCAGCGGUGCGUACGUGUCACCUCAGUACCAAGCUUCUGAAUAUGGAGGUAGCACGACCGUACACAGUUAUUCUCCAACAGCACCAUUGGCACACGUAGUUGAGCCCGCGUCCGCGUCGAAGUAUGUAUUUCCUCCUGCGUUCGCAAUCCCGCACUCUGAGCGGCAUGAGAUGGAGUCUUCGAACGUGCCACAAGAGCUUCAGGGUUCACAAUAUCCAGUGUCGGAGCUAGCUACUCCGGCGUACAGAUGA